AUGUUUUUUUCUCUUUUACUAAUUUGCUUAUAUCCUUCUGUCUCUCUUUUAUCCAUCAUAUCUCUUUCCUUUUCUUCUCCAAAGUCACUUUUUACUCAGUUUCUUUCUUUUUCAUCUCUCUUUCUUCUUUCUUCUUUUCCAAUGAAAAAUGCUAUCUCUCAAUAUAUGUGUUUCUUUUUUUUUUAUUUAUCCAUUCUUUGUCAUCUUUUUUUGUCUUUGAAACAUAUUUUCUUUCUGUUCAUUAUAUUCUCUAUAUUCUGGAACAAGAUUUUUUUGUCUAUGUCUUUCUUUUCUCUUGAAUUAUACUUCUCUCAUUUCCUCAUCUAUUCUUUCAAAAUCAUGCUUUCUUUUUCUCUCACUUUUCUUUUUUCUCUUCUGUUUUCUAUUUCUCUUAAUCUUUCUUACCAUUUAUUUUUUGUUUUUCUUUUUUCACCAUUUCUCUUCUUUUGCUUCCUCUCUCUCAUUUCCUCUUCUUUUUUCACUCUUUCUCAUUUUUACUCUCUCUUUCUCAAACAUUUUUCUUUCCUUAAGUUAAUGACUCUUUCAAUUUAUUUUUCUCUCUCUCACUAUUUCACUUUCAGAUUAUUCUGUUCUUAUCUCUUUCUCAGUUUCUCUGUUACAACCUUACUUCCUUUCUUUAUUAACCUCACUUUCUAUUUGUCUCUCUCCAAUCAAAUACCUUUUUAUUUCACUAUUUCUAUCUUUGUCUAUUUUACUAUCUAUCCCCCCAUGUUCUUUCUAUUUUACUUGGCAUAUCUCUCUUUUUUCUUUUUAUUUCUCUUUGUUAUAAGCUCAUUCUUAAAUAGAGCUUUCUUCUCUAUCUCUUUUCAAUUUCACUCCGUUCUCAUACACUUUUUCUUUUCUUCUAUUAUUCAUCCUCUUUCAGGCCCAGUGUGUCUGUCUUUAUCCAGCUUUCACUUUGAACGCUAUUAA